UCCUCCGCCGCUCCGGUUCAUGAGCAGCCUGUUGGGUCUCGAGGAGGAGGAGGAGGACAUACACCGGCGAGCUUGCUCACCCCAGUCUCCGGUAGUCUUAGUCCGUCCCGUGCCACACUCUGCUGAGGCCACGCGCCCCAACCGACAACCGACCAUGUCCACCGGGUCGCUUAGCGACUUCGACGACGAGGUCCUGGACGGGAUCCUGAAGUUCGGCUCUUCCGGUAAAGACUCCGGUACAUCGAACGAGAGCACAGAGGAGAGCUCGAACUGCGAGGGCGGCUCGGCCAACGAUAAAGCUACAGCGGGAAAGAAACGGAAAACAYCGUACAGUAGGAAGAAGGCGCCGAACAGUGAGGCCCACGAGGGGUGCGGCAAACCUGUGCAGAGGAACGCAGCCAACGCACGAGAGCGAGCGAGGAUGCGCGUGCUGUCAAAAGCGUUCUCCCGGUUGAAGAUGACAUUACCGUGGGUCCCACCGGACACCAAGCUCUCCAAACUGGACACGCUMCGCCUUGCCUCGAGCUACAUCGCCCAUCUACGGCAGAUCCUUGCCAACGACAAAUACGAGAACGGUUAUAACCACCCCGUCAACCUGACAUGGCCCUUCAUGGUCGCCGGUAAACCGGAGAACGAUUUGAAAGAGAUGCUCAACACCACCCGGUUGUGUGGAACAACUGCCUCGUGAUGGAACGGAUGGACAUGACAAGUCCAUUAACGUUUUCGUUACCGGGAACGGACUUUUCCAGAUGGACCAGACAUGCAUGUCAUAUCUCAUAAACCAAAUAUUGAGUGUGAAUAACCGGGAGAGUGCGCACUCUCUUGCGGGUUCACCCUACAGAGAAACGGAUUUUAUACGCCUAUUUAAAUUGUUCACAUGUUGUCUUUGCUGGUUCGAGGACAGGUUGUGCUAAAGUUUUGUAUUCGCUUUUAUACUUUUAAAAUGAAUUGUUUAAAAAAAAAUGUCAUACAAGUAUAUAUAUAUAUAUAUAUAUAUAUAUCUCUUUUAUUUUUACAGGUGAAGUUGUCAGUCACCGCACAUGAAAAUGUGGCCGUUAUUGUAAUCGCCUGAUUGUAUUUAGGACUAAAUAAAAUGUAUUCAUUUUAUCGUA